AGUGGGACGACGCAUUUCUUCUUCAAACCUGAAUCGGAAUAACUAUAUACCCGAAAUCAAACGAUCCCCGCUUCGGCGAAUCCUUGGAAACUAAACCACCGUUUCGAUCAGGAUUCUCCGCCGCCGGUAAACCAACUCCUCAUACAAAACCCUAGAAACCAACACAUGUUUCGAUCCCGAUUCUCUGUCCCCGGUAAACCAGCUCCUCACACAAAACCCUAGAAUUCUCUAUAUAUAUCUGAAAUUUAUUCGCCCUCCAGUUCUCGCUCUCUGCUAAGUGCCACGUCGGGAAUGGCGUAGCUGUCUCCGAGUUAAAUUCUAGUGUUAGGAAAUGAAGGAAAAAUCUGAAGAGAUGGGGACAAUAGAAAGAAAAUGAUGGAAAUCUACGGGCAAAAUAAGACAGAAUGGAAAACACAGAAGCAAUAGAUGCAAAAGAAGAGGAGAUGGUGGUAGAAAGAGAAAGAAUGGAUGCAAACGAAGGACUAGAGGCAGUACAUGAAGAAUUGGAGGCAACAAAAGUGGACAAAAAUGGCAAAAAAAUAGAUGAAAAACAGAUGGAAAAGGAUGGAGUGGAAGUAAAAGAAGAACAGAUGGACAAAAAUGACAAAGAAGCAGAUGAAAAAGAUGAGGAAAUGGAAGAUAAUGAUAGUGCAUCUGGCAGUUCUGUAUUUUAUUCAGAUAACGAUGAACAAUUCCUGUCUGGGGAAGAUGAUGAAUCAAAUCCUGGGAAACCCCUGAGUGAGGAAGAAAUUGAAGAGCUAAUUUCUGAUUUUCUGGACGUUGAGAGUAAGGCUGCGGAAGCUCAAGAAGCACUUGAGAAAGAGUCUCUUACUAGAGUAGAGAGUGAAGUUAGGGAGGAAUUAGCACAAACACUCCAGGGUGAUGAGUUGGAUAAAGCUGUGGCAACUGAAAUGACGGCGUUUAGAGAAGAGUGGGAAUCUGUUCUUGAUGAGCUUGAAACAGAAAGCGCAAGCUUGUUGGAACAACUUGAUGGGGCUGGAAUUGAUCUACCAAAACUAUAUAAACUAAUUGAAAGUCAGGCUCGUAGUAGUUGCUAUACUGACGCUUGGAAACGAAGAGCCCACUGGGUUGGAACUCAGGUUACCAGGGAAACUGCUGAAGUGGUAGCUGAUGCGGAGAAGUUUCUUCAUACUCACCGUCCUGUGAGAAAGCGACAUGGAAAACUUUUGGAGGAGGGGGCCAGUGGGUUUCUGGAGAAAAAGCUUGGUGAUGAUGGAAUCAAAGAAUCUCUUGUUGGAAAGUCUGAACUUGAUUGGUCUUCUCUGAACAAAGUAUUUUCAGAUAAAAAGGAUGACAUUAUUUCGUUUGGUAGCAAGCACUGGGCUUCUGUUUACCUGGCAAGCACUCCACAACAGGCUGCAGCUAUGGGAUUGGAAUUUCCAGGAGUUAACGAGGUGGAGGAAAUUGACGAGAUUGAUGCAAGCUCUGCUGAUCCUUUUUUUGCUGAUGCUUUAGAAAAUGAAAGAGAACUCGCCCUUUCUGAAGAACAGAAGAAAAAUUAUCGGAAGGUCAAAGAAGAGGAUGAUGUAAAUGUUGAUCGAAAACUUCAACUGCGUUUGAAACGGAAGAGACACAGGAAAAGAUCUAAACAGGGUAUCACGCGAGCAGCAGAGAACAGAGAUGAUGAUUCCUUGUAUCCGAAUGGAAAUUCUAACUCUUUGUUUGAAGAUAAACCUCAUGGAAUAGGUAUUGGCCGGAAUAAAGCUGAGGAUCAAUUACAAAAUUCAGAGACUGAUUUGCAAUUUUAUAUCAAUGAAGCCAGCAAAGAGAGAAACGGGAACUUGGCUGUGCCAUCCGAGUCUGAUGAAGAUAAAAAAGCCUCUGUCUCAGAUACAGAGGAAGAAAUGGACACUAUGAGUCCUGAAAAGAAGUUUCAGUGUACAGCGUGUUAUGAGGUGGCCACAGAAGUGCAUAGUCAUCCACUUCUAAAAGUGAUAGUUUGCUUGGACUGCAAACUGUCAAUUGAAAGUAGGCUUGCUAAGCAGGCUGUUGACUGCUCAGAACGUCACUGUGAAUGGUGUGGUCGUGUUGCUGACUUAGUAAGUUGUAAAUCAUGCGAAAGACUUUUCUGUGUGACAUGCAUAAAGAGGAAUGUUGGUGAGGAGUACUUGUCUGAGGCUCAGUCCUCUAAUUGGGAUUGUUGUUGCUGCUCCCCCAUUCUCUUGCAAAGAUUGACACUGGAAUUAGAGAAAGCUAUGGGGAAAAAGAAGCCUAUUGAAUCAUCCAGCUCUGAUUCCAGUUCUGACAGCAGUUCUGUGGACACAGAUGCAGAUAUUAAAGUAGCAGUAAGUUCUAAGAGGAAAUCGAAAAAGAAAAUCCGGCGAAUUAUUGAUGACGCUGAAUUGGGGGAAGAAACUAGGAGAAAAAUCGCGAUUGAGAAGGAACGGCAGGAAAGGCUCAAGUCCUUGCAGUUUUCUGCCAGAUACAAGACAAUGAGCUCAACGGGAGACAUGAGAAAUAUUCCAGAAGGUGCUGAGACUGAGGUUCUUGGCAAUGCUCGGAGUGGUUACAUAGUGAAUGUGGCAAGAGAGGUUGGUGAAGAAGCUGUGAGAAUCCCUCCUAGUAUAUCUGGAAAAUUAAAAGCCCACCAGGUAACUGGAAUUAGAUUUAUGUGGGAAAAUAUCAUUCAGUCCAUCAACAAAGUGAAGUCUGGUGAUAAAGGUCUUGGAUGCAUUCUAGCCCAUACAAUGGGUCUGGGUAAAACUUUCCAGGUUAUAGCUUUCCUGUACACUGCAAUGAGAUGCAUUGAUCUGGGGUUGAAAACUGCUCUUAUUGUGACACCUGUAAACGUGUUGCACAAUUGGCGAAGUGAAUUUAUGAAGUGGAGACCAUCAGAAGUCAAGCCUCUUCGAAUCUUCAUGCUGGAAGAUGUUUCGAGGGAAAGGAGACUGGAGUUGCUUACAAAGUGGCGACAUAAGGGUGGGGUUUUCCUGAUUGGGUACUCUGCUUUCAGAAACCUGUCUCUUGGAAGAGGGGUGAAGGAUUUGAAUACAGCUAAAGAAAUUUGUUAUGCCUUGAGGGAUGGACCUGAUAUACUUGUUUGUGACGAGGCUCACAUUAUCAAGAAUACCAGGGCUGACACUACCCAAACAUUGAAGCAAGUGAAAUGCCAGAGAAGGAUUGCUUUGACUGGGUCACCUCUUCAAAACAAUCUCAUGGAAUAUUAUUGUAUGGUUGAUUUUGUGAGAGAAGGUUUCCUAGGAAGCAGUCACGAAUUUAGGAAUCGCUUUCAGAAUCCAAUAGAAAACGGGCAGCAUAUGAAUUCAACUGCUGAGGAUGUCAAGAUUAUGAACCAGAGAUCACACAUCCUCUAUGAGCAAUUGAAAGGAUUCGUACAAAGAAUGGACAUGAGUGUUGUGAAAAGAGAUUUGCCGCCAAAAACUGUAUUUGUAAUAUCUGUCAAGCUAUCACCCUUGCAACGGAAGUUGUACAAGAGAUUUCUGAAGAUCUAUGGAUUCAAUAAUGGGAGAACUGAUGAACGGAUGAGAAAGAACUUUUUUGCUGCAUACCAGGUCUUGGCUCAGGUCUUGAAUCAUCCUGGAAUUCUGCAAUUGAGAAAAGAAGUUAGCAGCUACGGGCUUCGUGGUAACAUUGUCGAUAUUCCAGAUGACUGCUCCAGUGACGAAAAUAUAGAUUAUAACAUGGUUAUGGGAGAGAAACAAAGAACUAUGACCGACUUACUGGAUAAGGUCGAUGGGUAUCUCCAGAAGGAUUGGUGGAUCGACCUUCUCCACAAAAAUAAUUAUAAGGUGUCUAACUAUAGUGGCAAAAUGAUUUUGCUGUUGGAUAUUCUGUCUAUGUGUGCACAUGUGGGUGACAAGGCGCUGGUGUUUAGCCAGAGCAUCCCGACUUUGGAUCUCAUAGAACUUUAUCUUUCAAAACUUCCUCGUCGUGGCAAACAGGAGAAGUUCUGGAAAAAGGGGAAAGAUUGGUAUAGGAUUGAUGGGAAAACGGAAAGCUCCGAACGACAGAAGUUAGUUGAAAAGUUCAAUGAACCUGAAAACAAACGAGUUAAAUGCACUUUAAUCUCAACCAGGGCGGGAUCCCUAGGGAUUAAUCUUUAUGCUGCUAACCGUGUGAUCAUCGUCGAUGGUUCUUGGAACCCCACCUAUGAUCUUCAAGCUAUAUUUCGAGCCUGGAGGUAUGGGCAAAAGAAGCCGGUUUUUGCGUAUAGGUUGAUGGCACGUGGGACCAUAGAAGAGAAGAUAUAUAAACGUCAGGUAACCAAGGAGGGACUCGCUGCAAGAGUGGUGGAUAGACAACAAGUACACAGAACUAUCUCUAAAGAAGAGAUGUUACAUCUGUUGGAAUUUGAUGACGAUGGUGAUGAAAACUCUGAAACUCAAACCACGAGUGUUCAAGCUGAGAACCCACAGAAACAGAAGGCCACUCUCUCUAAUGAGAGUUGCUCCUCUGACAAAUUGAUGGAGACCUUGCUUCAAAAGCAUAGCCCCAGCUGGAUUUCCAACUUCCAUGAACAUGAAACACUUCUGCAAGAGAACGAAGACGAAAAACUCACAAAGGAAGAGAAAGACAUGGCCUGGGAAGUCUACCGGAGAGCUCUCGAGUGGGAAGAAGUUCAUCGUGUUCCACUCACAGAUUCCGUCCUGAAACCUUCUCCACCGGGUGCCCCUCCACCUCCCUCUGUACCAAGACAGCUUAUGCCGCGUCCAAAGGGUUUCAACAGAAGCCGAUUUGUGACCCGAAGCUGCACCAACACCUCACAUCAGCUUACACUCAUAAGCCAAGGAAGAAAACUCGGUUGCAACACAAUUUGCGGGGAAUGCGGGCGUGAGAUCAGGUGGGAAGACGUUAUUCCAAGAAGCAAACUUGCUUGCUGAUGCAACAAACAGUAAAUAAACAUCGACUUUACGUACACAGAGUUCUUUGUUUUCUUUCAUUGGAUGUGAUGAUUUGGCCCUGUGGGAGUGACACAUUAAAGGGAUAAGUAACAUAUUGAAGUUCCUUCCGUAGAAUAUGUAAUCUAAUAGCUGCGUUGUUGUUUGGUUCCCGAAAUAUUACAGAUUUAAUUGAGGGGUUGGUUGGUUGGUUUAGAAGAGCCUUGUCAUGGUGAAA